CUGAGCUAUAGAAACUGAUAGUGUGAAGCCAUGUGGGUUGAACAUCUUGGGCACCCAUUGACACUGGAUCUUGAACCGUUGACCCAUGCACUGGUCCGCUACUUCUAAUGAUUGCUCGGCCGGCAUCCUUCUCUGUACGGCACAGCCAGGCCCUCAAGCUCUUCCGACCCGUCUACUUGCUACAGUUGUCAAACUUUUCAGCGCGACAACUUUGCACAGUUCCCAACACAACGUCUAGCAGUACGCUCGGGAGGAGGUGCUGACUUCCAAGCGGACGAGUCACGAUCACGGACUAGCAGAGCAUUUACUUUUCAAUGUGAGAUGAUUGCGCAUCCUUCUAAGUUCUAGGCUAUUCAUGCAGUCGGCUAGCUUUUGCCCCGCUCCUUCCCCGGUCACUGCCCGCUGUCAUCUUCAUCGUAUGAGCUACGGUAGGGGAUAGGUAGCUGUCGCAUUGGGUCCACGUACUUCUGGCUCUCUGUCCUCUAGCACAUCAUAAAAGGCUCCGGCUCUUGUGCCAGUCUGCAAACAAACUGAGCUCCGUAGGUACGUCUCCUCGAACUCUAACCCAAAGCCCGUAAACGUCCUUCCUCUCCCUUCACUCUCUCCAGAAUAAGCUUCAAAAGGCAAGUGUCUUCGCUCGGCUCUCAGCAACCUCGGCAUCCCGGGGGCUUCCCGCAUUCAGCCUGAGCAAAGCUAAUUCCACUCCCUGAAACCAAUCCUCGACCCAGGCUUUCAAAGCACCGCUCGAAAAGGAUGGCGCCCCCCAAGGACGUGCCUGCGUUCGCUGGGCCCACCUCCACGGUGAUCCCAGCCGUCAACCAUUGGUCAGACGGGUCGUUGCUGGCCCCGCACGAGCCCAUUCGCCACGACCUGGCGCGCAUGGAGCGUCUGCUGCAGGCGCCCUUCUUUGAUGGGACUCAGCCCUGGAAGGUCGCGGCCUUCUUCAAGUGGUACAACGACUGGUUCUACUUUAAUGUCCACCACCACCACGACAUCGAGGAGACCAUCUUCUUCCCCGCCGUCAAGGCCCGUUGUGACGUCAUCCCCGAGCGCAUGGCCGCCGACCACGAGGGGCUUCUUCACAUGCUGGACGAAAUCCGGUCCAUGGAAGCGCGUUUCAAGCCGCUCUCUUGCGGCGCCCCGGCACCGUCACCCUCUGAGAGGCGACUUGCAGCAGAGGAGCUGCGGCAGAAGGUCGCCCACAUGGCCGCGGAACUGCGGGAGCAUAUCGCGGAGGAGGAGCGGUUUUUCACACCCGUGAUCAGGGAGAAGUUCACCAAGGAGGAGCAUCAACAGCUGGUGGCCCGGAUCAUUCAGGCGGCGGGCCUGAGCGGAAACGCCAAGUUGUGCCCUUGGAUCGUCCACGCCAUGUACCGCUGGGCGGGCAAAGACUACGUCGAGAAGGAGAUGCGGGCGACCAUGCCCCUGCCCAUCAGAUUCCUCCUCGACUACUUCUGGUAUCCCAAGUAUUUGAAGCAGGGCGUGGCGGGCCUGGACGUCUUGGAGUUCGAAGCGGACCCGAGCACGAGUGCCGGCAAGUCGCUCAAGAGAAUCCACUCCCUGAAGGCGAACUAGGUUGAGGGCGCACCGUCUGAGCUACGUGGUGCUGCGAGCUCGUGGGCACGUGCUAGCAUUAUAUUGUGAUUAUUUUGAUUAUUUUGAUUACUAUGAUUAUUUUAUUAUUAGUAUCCGGCCAGGAUGAUAAAUCCUGGUGGGCAUUCAAUGUUUUCGCGUAGGAGACCGCAUGACCCGCAUGCGGCGCUUGAUUCCAAACCUUGAAAUAAUGGCAGAUUGACGAAUUUACGAAGCGUAGGUAUAUGUUAUUUGAUUUGUGGAGUAGGUAGAUUAGAUGUAAGGGUGCCAUGGGCAUGGCCGGCGGCCGCGGGUUAUCUAUAGGGACAUAGUAACGGUCAAUCGGUCCUUCUACGCAAAUCUCAUAGGCUCUAGCUGAUUAUAAAAGAGUUCAUAAGAUACAAGGUGCACAAACUCACAUGCGAUAUUUUAUACGCGUUCACUAUGCACGUG